UCCAAUAUAAGGCGACAGACGGACGAAGUCUCCUGCCAGGGACCAGUGCCUUAUACCGAGAGAGUCCUGCUGUCACUAGAUCAUCGCUGUGUUGGGAUAAGGUACAGAGGCUCAUCAUGUGUUCCACCACCGGCUGGAUCGUCAUACUGGCGAUAUUUGUUACGUGCACACUCGGCACGUCAAUCACACGUUACCAGCACUACCCACUCCCGAUGUGUUCCGAAGACACUGUGUGUUCUGAAAUAAGCGAGAUACCAUCAAUAAAGGAAGAGAAUAAUUAUUUCAGUUGGAUGAAGUGCCAGUGUCCAGGGGAUAGUGUGUGUCCCAGGAGUCCCGGCGCACAGACCAUAGAGGUCACGGGGUCAAAAUGGUAUGGUAUGUGUAGACCAAAGUCUAACAUUCGACCGUGUUCCCGAGGGGAAGUGGCAGAAGAAUACUAUAUGGGAGUUCGGGAAAUUCCAUUUGGAACAUUCACGAAGGUUCAUUGCACGUGCCCGCUGUUAGAGUACGAGGAGAUGCCGUCAGGGAUGGAGUCAUCUAACUCUAAAACCAUCUAUCAACUUAUCUGUUCCGGAAGAGGAUUGCAAGCAGCGAUGAAGAGAGGCAGAGGAGGCGGGAGAUACGGAGGGGGAAGCAAUGGCCGCCGGUUCUACUUUUACAGAAAAUAAACAUGACGCAUUUGCGAAUAAAUACUUUGUUUAUAUUCAAGAGAGGUACAAUCUACCAAACAAGCUAAGACGUCCUCGUUCGACGUCUAGCAAUCAAUGUUAAAGCAUAUCUAACGUAUCUUUACUUUCUAUUUGAACUGUAAUCCAUCACUCACGUGUGAAGGUACAUGAAUGAAAUGUCAUGGCUUUGUAAAUAAAGUUUACAAACUAUUUGAGUGAA